AGAAUGAGUAGAAGGAUUGCAUAGAAUGUAUUAAAAACCGAUUUAACCGGAAAACCGAAGAUAAUGGUAUUACCACGAGCGGUAGUAGAGGAUCGCCGGAUUAAGAAACCGUAUCUGGGCGGCUGGAAGAAUAAAGAAACCGGCGCAGUGUAUUUAAAUGCAGCAUCUCAAACAGGCCCUCCUCCAAAAGAAAUACCAUGGAGCCAGAUGUGCAGUCAAAAAAGUCAGACCGUCCAAACGAAGGAGCAAAGCGUUCAACCUCUUUGCCACCGAGGCACACAAAUGUGGCGAGAAGACUGUUACAUCCCUAAUGCUUCGGACAAGUACAUGACGGCUACGCCGUACGAGACAUACGAGCAGAUGCAAUUAAGACUCAAUACCGAAGGUCAUGUAAGAACCAUCCAGAGAUACUACAGAGCGUAUCGAGUAUUAAAAUACAUACGUGAAUCCGCCGCCUUGUACAGACAAUUGAAAGAGAAUUGCCGAAUGUACGAGAAGAACAGAGUCCUCGCGUUAGAAUGGAGACGAGAAGAGGACAGACUUCGAAAAAUCUGUCCACGGAGCAGAGCAGAUUUCCACGCGUUGUUCAAUAUGGUCGAAUCUUGGGAGCUGGCUCGAGGAAAGUCGACCUUAUCGCAACGCUUCCAAGCCUCCCGGUUGUCCGAAAAUUACAUGACCCUGGCGGAGAGCAUAAAAAUGAUAAACGCCAUCGAAGAGCACAGACAGCUUAUCAAGCGCGAGUUCGAGGCGAAAAAGCGCGUUCAGUUUUUAACCCUGAAUUGUCAGCCUAUAAGAUGGAACGGAUACAAAGGGAAGCCGGUAGAAAUGGUUACUCUGAAGGUUCAAAAAGCUCGCGAGCUUAAAAGCCUUUACGACGGUCUGUGCAAAAGAGGCACCUCGGUAGAAGAGCGCAUAGAAUUGCUGGUUCUGUUAAAAACGUUCCUCGGGAGACUGGAUUGUCGCGCAUCGAAUGAACUUGGGUAUUUACUGGAUCAAGAGAUCUCGUUGAUAUCUGUUGGCAUCAAGAGCUCGCAUUUGGAGCAGCUGAGGGAGCGCGUUGCUCAGGCGUAUUUGAACUUCGCCAAAGGCGGACAUACGCGUGUACGCGCAAAUAGAGAGGAAGAAGAGUUCAAUGAUUCUCAGUGCGAUCAACUCGGACCACCCAGAAAUACCAAGUUCCUGUUGUGUCGGUCUUGCGCGAAAUUGAUUCCCUAUCACAGAUUCUCCGUUUAUUCUGGAACGAGGCGAAUAGCGCGGUGUAUGAGCUGCACGUGGCUACGUCGGGGUAAAGUUCCUCGCAUUAAUUACGGUCCAUAUCUGAUUUUAUUGAACGAUAUCCGCGCCGAGGAGCGGAAAAGAAAUAGCUUCUCUUGCGUUGCGUUUGUUAUGCGCGGACCGGAUAUUUAUCACCUUGUGAACAAUAUCUGGCACGGGCAUUCGAUUGUCAGCGAGAAGGACGAUAUCUUCAGGCUCAAGCUGAUUAGGUUCAGACAAGAUGAGGAAUGGUCUCCGUGGAAUUGCAUUCUUUUGACCGACGAGGAAGCCGAGGUUCACAAACGUGUUCAGGAUUUUCCGACGGUGUAUUCUGUGCGAUUGUUGCAUAAAAUAAGUCUGGCGCAUCAGGUGGCGAAGAAUCACUUUAAGAAUCUCAUUCGGAUGGAAAUGAUCUUUAGAGAGUCUGGCCGUUAUUACAUGAUUCAAGAUAGGGAGGAUUACGUGCCUCGGGGAACUCUUGAAGGUUGUUGAAAGUAAGAUCAUUUUUCAUUGUCG